AUGACCGAACACAUUGACAGUAACCGACUUAAUAGUGAUCUUCGUUAUCGUUUUGAAUAUUUAUCAAAAUUUUUAAAUUUUACAUCAGAUGAUAUUGCUAUGCUUAAUACAUUUGCGCCAAUACUUUUUCCGCGUAUACCUGUUAUAACCGAUACUGUUUAUAGAAAAUUAUUUUCAUUUGAUAUUACAAAGCAUUAUUUUUUAAUUAAUAAUGAAGGUUUUGAAGGUUUUGUUCCGAAAAAACAUGGUAAUAUAACAUUAGAAUCAGCCCAAAUGACAUUUCGUAAAGAUAUGUUAAGUAUGUAUUUAAAACGUGUAUUAACACAACGUGAAUGGAAUGAUACGUUUCUUCAAUAUUUAUCUCAUAUUGGAAAGAUGCAUACACAAAAAGCUGGUUCAUUAUCAAUUAAUGUUGAUUAUAUACAUAUAAAUGCAUUGCUUGGUUAUUUAGAACAUUUACUUAUUGACGUUUUAUGGAAUGCAGAUAAUAUUGAUGAUAAGACACGACAAGCCAUUGUAAUGGCAAUAAAUAAGUUUUUUUGGAUACAAAAUGAUUUUUUUACAAUGCACUAUUUAACAGCAUGGAAAGAAACUUCAACAUCAAAUGAAACAUCAGUGAAAAAAAGCAAAUAUUGUUUUUUGUCCGAGACUCAAUCAAGUACAUCAUCGCGUCGUACUAGUUCAAUUAGUUCUCAUAUGGCAUCUGCUAAUGCACGACUACGACGUAGUAGUAUUGUUACUGGACGACAAUCAUCAAUUAUCGAUACAAAUGAAACUAAACAAGCUAAACAACAAACACCAGUUAAAAUACUUGUUGUUAAUGGCAAAUGUUCUGAAAUAUUUAAAUCAACAUUAGAAGAUUGUGUUGAAGAAUGUAUAUUAGAAUUUGCAGGUGAAAAUUCAAUUUAUGUACCAAGAUCAGGACAAGCUAAACAAAUACCAACUAGUAAUAAACAAACAUUUUCUUCGAAAGAACCUAGUUCUAAUGUAUAUCAACCUACGAAAUCGAACCGUCGAAGAAGUUCAGUUAAUCAAUUUAAUUUGCCACAAAUUGGAGGAAUGCGUACUAGUCAAGCUAGUAAUUUUUCAUUAUCUAAUACAUCUCUAACAAUAACAUCGGCAUCACGUAUGCGUCAUCAAUUAGUUCAACAAAAAUUUUCUCUUGCCGAAGAUAUUUCUGAAGAAUCAACUGAUCUUCAAACAACACUUGAACAAGUACAAAAUCCUGUAACAACUGAAUCUGAUGCUGAACAUCCACAUAUAUCUCAAGAUGAAACAGUAACUCGUCAAUCGAAUAAUGAUACAUCAUCUCAAUCAUAUUUAAAUUCUCAUCGAAAACCUCCAUCAGCUCAAACUCAUAUACCAUAUCGUGAUCGUCAAAAGGAUUAUCGUUUAUCUGAUUUAGUAAUGUUGGGACCUGAAUAUUUUUCUAAUGUGUUUAAUCUUCCGCGUACAUCACGCUAUGCUACGCAAACAACAACUAAGCAACGUUCAAGUACUCAGCAAGGACAUAAUAAACUAGCUGAUAAAUCUAAUGAACUUGAUCGAAUAAAACAAGAUCUAUUUCAUCGAUAUUUAUGGACACAAAAACCGCAAGUAUCAUGUCGUAUUCGUCCUACAUCAACCUAUACACGUAGUACAACAUUUGUCAUUUAA